AUGGCUAUACCCGACCUGAGCUGUAAAACUGACGUUGAUGGCGGACAGCAAUGUCGAGGUCCGUUUGGUUCAGGUGGGAUGAUGGGAGAGCAACUUCUGACAGAGGUUGAAACGGACUCUUGCAAAGGCUCUCAGAAGAAAGACCAGCAGAGCUCUGAAGAUGGAAGUGUGGACAGUGAUGCGAGUUCAGACUACGAUGCCCUCUCAGAAAACUAUUUUGUUGGCCAAGUUCUGGGUACUGGUGGAUUUGGAGAAGUGCGAGCUGGGCGAAGGAAGUCUGACCACCUACCUAAGUGCCACACAGCGAAUCUUAAGAUGAUGUGGACUUGCCAAAAUGAUGUGCCUAUUGCCAGUUUUUUCGGUUCUUCUUUGCAGGUGGCUAUCAAACGCAUCAAAAGGCAAAGUGUGAACCAUUCGAUGUCUCCUCCCAAUGACACAGAAUCAGUCCCCCUUGAAUUGGCAUUGAUGCAGUUGGUCAGCCGUCCCCCAGCAUGCCCUGCAGUCAUCCAACUGCUAGACUGGGUCAUUACCCCGUCAUGUGUUUUCUUGGUGAUGGAACGUCCUGACCCUUGCAUGGACUUGUUUGAUUUUAUGUGGGAGAGGGGACAGUGUCUGACGGAACCCAUAGCAGGGAGUAUCUUUCGUCAGGUGGUGCAGGCGGUUCACCAUUGCCAGUCACGGGGGGUUCUUCACCGGGAUAUCAAACCUGAGAACAUCCUUGUGGAGACCAGCACUCAGCAGACUAAGCUGAUUGACUUUGGCUGUGGCACUCUUCUCAACCAGAAAGAAUACACAAGCUUUACUGGCACACAUUUCUAUGCUCCUCCAGAAUGGUGCUUGAAGAAGAGCUAUGAGGCAGAACCAGCCACCGUAUGGUCUCUGGGUGUGCUCCUCUUCGAGAUGUUGUGCGGUCAAGUACCAUUUAAAAGGAAAGAGGAGGUCAUCCGGUGUAAUGUCAUCUACACAGCAGAUAUAUCCAAAGAAUGUGCCAGCCUUAUAAAGAAAUGUCUGUCGCGGAGUCCCAAGGAGCGACCCACUCUGGAAGAGAUCCUCAUGCAUCCCUGGGUGUGCUGA